GAAGGUAUUUGGCGCCUAAAUUUGAUUUGACGAAUAAAUGAACAUUUGAACAGAGAGGCAGGUUUACACGCUAAACAACCGUCAAAAUUGAAGAUGUCGAGGGGAUUUCAGAAUCCAGAACCAUUAACUGCAAUUUGCGAAAUUGUGCAGAUAGGAAGAGAAGACGUUCGACGCUGCGACGCUACACUUUUCUUCAAGACAUACGGACGGGGAGGUAAACAAAGCCGUGUCCUUCCUUAGUUUGAUUUUAAAAAAAGCGCGAAAUGUUCUUAAGAGGAGCACACUUUACUUUGUUUCUUAGAGUUCGACAUAGAUGGAGGAACAAUUUUUUGGGAACAACAACAAUCGGGAAAUCGACGACUGACCAUCGUGACCAAGAAUGGGGAUCAAAUUGAAAUUACACGCAAGAGGAGAGGAGGUAAAUAGUGUUCUGUAUUUUCUCCACUUGAAAUUAAACGCAAAUUAUUGACUAAAUGACUGAAUGAUUUCUCGAAGAUUACAAGUUACAUACUGAAGGAUUUUGGAUCAGAGAACUGGAUCCUGUUGAGGUAGACAUCUAAGCACAAGGUGAGACAUUAACGUUGCUGUAAACAAAAAUUAAGCCGUAUAUUUACAGAGGCUGUGGCACAUUUUUCCGUAGCUCGAGCAGGAGAAAAAGUCAGAUAAAAAUAUCAAUGAUUUUUUUUUCCACUUAACCUAAUAUAUAUAUUUUCUCCUCUUUUUAUUCACUUCCAGGCCUUUCGAACAGGAGCAUUUACUUUCGAUUCUGCAUUUGAUGGACAAAAGCCGUAGUUGAAUGUAUCUGUUUUUAGUUUGUAGAAAUGAAAAUAAAUGGUUUUUAAUGUUCCGCAAGGAAGCCAUGCUUUGUAUUUUUGACAUAUUGCAAGCAUACAUUACCCCGCGCUAAAAUAACGACCUUUACAGCCACACAAAUUCGCACCUUAGUAUAAGCGUCUGCGUAUGGUUUCGAAAAAAACAGAGCGUGAAAACCAGGUAAACUUCACGUGAUAAUGACGUCAACGGUAAAAACACGCGCUAAAGCUUUAACCCCAAAUACUCUUAUUCAGAGGCAAACUGCUUUCUGAGCAAAAAAAGGCAAACGAAAUGGGAGAUGCAUACAACCCAAAUGAGCCAGAAAACGCAAAAUACUGCGCGGUAUGGGACAAUUUAUUGUUAUGUCGAUGACGCGCAGACAAGUGCAACCAAGAUAUCAGCAUAUGAUCAAAGUAAAAUCUCUCCUUAGCUGUUACUCCCACCCACUGAAUUCCAAUGACAUCCUGUAUUUUUCCCGAAAGAAAACUAUGAAUUAAUUUUUGCUAGGCGAAGCAACAUUUGUGAACGGAGAUAACGGCGGUAUUUUAGGUUUGUCGCGAACAGCACAGAAAAUUUAGACAUCAUACCUAUAUUUUAAUCGACCUGAGUAAAAAAGCAAUGGAGAAUACAGAACCUUAUUUCUCUUCAGAGGAAAUUGUAGAUAUUGGCACAACCUUUCAUGGAACGGACAUCACGAUUAGAUACACACCUACCAGAGGUUAGUUUUUGAAGCAGUUUUGCUUUCCAGAGAGCAUUUUAAGGUUUUAAGUUUAAGCUCAGUCUUGUUUAGAUAUCCAAGUGGAUGACGGAUACCUAAAAAAGAAAUCUGUGAGGAUGACAGUCAGGUCUAACACGGGCAGCACUUACACCAUCACUCGUCUUCAAGGAGGAGGUAGGUAAAAAAUUUAAAGCUUUGGACCUUUGCUUCAGCCUAGGUUUCAAAUUAAAAACUAAUCCACACAGAAUAAAUGUCUAUCAAGCUUACGCCUGAUUAUAAACAUAAUUCUAUCUACGAGGUCAAAAGUCUCAAGUAGGCAUUAAAAAAUUAACAAAGGACCAUACGAAAAACUAUGGUGGAUAAGACUUCACAUCAUUUGUAACAAUGCAGGAUUUAAUCCUCAAAAUCCGACUCCAUUCAUGGGGGUGUUAUUCCAUUUGUACUACUACACAAGAAAUUUGUACAAUUUGAUUGGCUUAGAGCAGUGGUAUUUCAGCUUAAUUUGAAAUACCUACAUGUGAAAAUUUCAAACCUUUUCCGGGUAGUAGUAUAAACAACAAAUAAUAGCAUGAUUUGUAAGUGAUAUUUGGCAUAAAUACCACUCGUGAUAUUUCAAAAUUGUCUCAAAUUUCACUCGCCUAACGGCUCGUGAAAUUACAUAUAACAAUUUCGAAACAUCACUCGUGGUAUUUAUGCCAAAUAUCACUACAAACAAUGCUAUUACCUAUACAAAUUUUCACCACCACAAUUUUUCAGAUUUCUAACGAACAUUCAAUAUCAUGAUCUCAAAAAAAUAAUAUAACAAGCAAAACAAUCUUGUUACAGUGUAUCAAGCAAACUCUUGGUUCACGUGGGUACAUCGUCGUCAAUGAAAGAGGUAAGAGAGCUGCAAUGCAGUAGACGGGCGCGAAUGAAUUUCCUGUAUACCCACUUCCUGGGUUUUAAGACAUUGCUCUUGUUGAACUCUUCUUUACUGAGCCUCCUACCGUGGCAGCUCGCGAGCGUAGGAGGCGAGCGAUUAGCCCAAACAAUGUCUACAGUAUAUCUGUCACGCCUGCGUCAUGAUGCACUUGUACGUAUACGGCGUUUAACGCUUAGUCUGCCGUGUCAGCUGAAGAAAAUCUUACAACACAUACUUCCCUAAGCGCGCAAGUGCAAUACUUGAGAUGGCAUUACAUCAAAGAGCGUCCCGCAUAUUAUCAUUUUAAAAAUAUACAAAUAUAUGAAAUAACAAAGUCUCUUUUGUUUUCUGACAGGGACUUGAACAUAACAAGAAAGACCUCCAUUCUGCCGCAGAAAGGCUCAAGAAAACGAUUCUAAAAGUUCAAUGUUACAAUUUGCAAUUCUUUAUAACAGAAAUAAAAUACAAAUACAAAAAGUUCAAGACAUGUCUACACUCAGCAUUAAAAGGCACAAUGUUAGUUUCCUAUAUUCAACAACCAGAUGGAAAAGAGGCCUUGAUCCAUUCACAAUCAGUUGUCGUCAUUACUCUUGCCCCGCCUACCGGGUUCGAACGAAAAACGCAAUUUGAAUAAUAAUACGCUUAGCGAAGCAGGUUUGUGAGAUAUAGUUUCGCGCGGGAAAUCAGGCUUAACACUACACGUCUUUUCAGUGCAGCAGCACAUUAUCCAAAAGAUUGAUCAGAAACCAUAAAAUGUCAGCAAGGCAGAACCCCGAUCCUUACAGGGCCACAAGAGAGAUAGUGGACGUUGGCCACCCUGUCCUAAAUCCAUGGGGACCAGAUCUAACAGUUAAAUUUAAUCCUGCGACCAGAGGUUAGUUUCCGUUUGUAGUUUCUUUUUUACAAAGAGAAAUUUAUACUGAUAACUUAUACUGAUCCUUAGAAGUCACCAAGGUGGAGAAUGGAGAUUUGAUAAACACAGCGCCUGCCAUUAUGAUUACAGUAAAGAGCCGCCAGUCAGGUCGGAUCUACACCAUCGUACGAGACGAUUUAACAGGAGGUAAAUAAAAAAUAAAAAUGUAUUUACUACCCGAUAGAUCAGCCUCCAACUUCUCAUGCUGCAGAUUGUGCAUCGUAGUCAAUAAGUAUGACCCACCAACAUACCAGUGAAUUGCAGAAUCACAUUACAACAACCGUUACCGACUUUUUUGCUAUGACUACGUUUUUUGCGCAAUUUAGACAUUGAUUUUCUAAAGUUCUCUCAUUCAACGCUGAAGAUGUUGAAGUCUAGUGGCGUGGCCGUUCAAAUGAGACGCCGAUAGCCACACAAUAAGUCAGAAUGUCUAUUUACUCGGGCUUGUUUGGGAAUGAAAGAGAAAUACGUCUGCGGUUCACAGGCUAACAGUUUGUUUCAAAUCAAUGUACUUCUAACCGAUUCCGAUCAAUUUUUGCUUGCGAAGCAGUGAUGUGAAUACCAUGACCUUAAACAUCUUUUAUUAGAACUUGACGCUGACUUUAAGACGCCCACUAAAUCAUUCCGCUUUAUGUGAAGUUUUUCUUUCCUUUUCCUUUUUUACAGCUUAUCAGGACGUGACAAAUUUUACCUGGGUAGCGCGCCGCCAAUAAAUGGGUAAGACACUGAUCUCCAUUUUGCCUAGUUUUAGUAGGCACCCUUUCUUUUAAACUACGACUACGUCUCUUCAAAUCUAGUUAGCAGGCUGAAGAUAAACGCUUGUAAAAAAAGUCCUCUGAAUAAAUCUUUUUCGCGAAAAGCACUUCUUUUAAACAUUUAUUUUAGACUCACCCUACGUAUCAUCAUUUUCUGCAUCCUUUGACUCACGCGUGAGCAAACUAAAGAGGAGCGUCUAAAACAGGCUAUUUAUAAUCCUGCUUGUAAGCUUCGUUUCACCGUGGCUUGUGGCGAAGAAAUAACGCGGUUUCUAUUUAUCGAAAUCAACCGAUAUAUUGAACAGAGGCGGCUCAUUUUUAAGAAAUGUCACAUUAAGCGUCGGUCAAUUUAAUAAAUUAGAUUAGCUUUUACUUGCUCUUUCGUAGGUGCCUACACAUUACGGAGAUGCAAACUAUGAAUCACAUAAAAAAUUAUGACCACCGCUUUAAGUGAUAAUUGCGCUAAAGGUAUAUAUGAAUAACAUAACUAGCUAGUAACCUUCCUUUUGAUAUUUUCACAGAUGGGGCUGCACUGUACAUCAAAGACCAACUUUGUUCUCAAGACCAAGUUGUUAAAAGCCUUGACAAUAGCCACCGCAACCGGAAAGUGUGCACAUGAAAUAAAGAUUGAU